CACAGAGAGAAACCUCCCGCCCGCCACACGAUCAACAACACUGCGUAGUAGCACGGUGGUACACCUCCGCGCGCCAUACGCUUCGCGCGUACGGAGAAAACGACCGGACCGGUCGUCUGAGUUCAUUUCGAUCCGAGUCGACCGGGCAAGGUAGUUUCACUUGUGCUCUCUUGACGACAUCACCUGCUUUUUGGCGCCUCUUUUAUAUAUCGCGUGCGUGAUUCGUGAACUGGCUACGUUCCAGUGCCCAACCGGCCCUAUAAUGGCUUUGAAAGUGCUGGUGGUGAUUGCACUGCUGCUGGUUGCAUUGACUCUGACCACCGUCCAAGCAGGUCCAAUGUACUACAAGAAGGUAUCCGGACAGAAGUACGAACCUGAUUGGGUGGCGGUGUCAUCGACGGUCGUUCCACUGGCCGAGUACCGCGUGAGCGUGGGUGGUGGUGGUGGCGAGCAAACCAAUUCAGCACUAGCAGAAGAUGAAUAUAGGCGGGCAUACCUGAGGCACCAGCAGCUUUCGGCGGCGGCGGCGGCUAACAGUGGUAAGGUCAAGCUGAAGACAACAGCGCGGGACGGAACGGAAGUCGACGAGGCGGGAGCUGCCGCUCGAGUUCAAGAAGAUCCGGACACGUUGAUCACAGCCAAUAAGAAAUUUUACGAACGGAAAAGCAACUGAUAUACCUAAGAAUACGUAAAAGUGGUUGAAUCGCUCAGGUUGAUUCAUUCGAAGUGGAUUACCGUUUAUCGAAGAUUAUCAAUUCACUACUAAAAAGAAAAGGUAAAGUGCCAAUCAAUGUUUAUGCGAAGUUGUUAAUAUUCUGUUAUU